AUGAGAAGACAGGCAUACCCGAUUGUAAAGAGAUAUUACUCGUUCCUGUGGAGAUUGCAAUCACGUGAUACAGUGGUCAAGAAGAGACGUGUAGCAGAGGAGUGCUUCAUUGAUGAGUUUGGUUGGAGUGUAUUCGCAAGAGGCUUCGUUGUCGAACUGGUGGCCAAUGCCAUGCUCAUACUUGUCAUUCGAUUCCUCGUCGGUGACGACAGAUAUUGGAGUGCUGUUGGCACUCGCUCAAGCACAUUCAUCAGUGGAUCACAGCAAUCUCAUACCAUCGACAUCCAACUAUUCAUCAACAUCAUCCUGUUGACUGCGGUCUCUACAUUCAUCAGCUAUCGAGCAUUACAACAAAAGAUAAAGCAUCAGUUCAAUGAUGACAGAGGUGGCAUCAGUGUGCGUGACGGCAGCGACGACAAGGUUACCGUUGCCUAUCGCAGCAACAUUGUCGAGUCUGGCAUCAGAGAGGAGUUUGCACAUGUCCCACCAACAUUCUAUCAAUAUUUCAAGGAGGCAACGAUGCUGCUCGUCAUGGAGAUGAUAUACAACUUGCUCUUUGCUGUCUGUUUCGUCUUUGCAUUCAACUUCCAACAGCAGAUGUAUGCAAGCGACACGAGCAUAACACUGCCACAGGCUGGCGACUCGACGGCAAUUGCAUUCGGCAAGUAUGUUGUCGAGUUCCUUCUGUUCCGUUCACCGGCACUCCCGAUUGCAGUGGCGGCCACUGUUGGCGUGUUGGCAACACAACAUCUAUCGGUAUUCCAAACACAGAUGCAAACGUUUGACUAUGCAUUCACCAAGCUGCAGGUGGAGCUGAUCAAUAGAGUGUCAAGCAUUGAUGAACAACUAUUACUAGAGUUCCCACGCAAAGCAAUACGGAUCUAUCGCAAGAGUGUCAAUCAAGGAAUUGUCGGACGUCUACUCUACAACCCACUGCGGCUCAUCGUCAUAUCACUCUGGUAUGACUUUGUCAUGGGCUUCUGA